AAACAACUGGGACAGGACGAGUCCUUGUAAAUACACCUCCAUCCUUCUUACAGUUUAAAACCUUCUCAGGCUCGCCGAACGAAUUUUUUCCUGUCUGCUGUCGUUUGACGAUAUUCACUAGCUAAUUCGCCUCUAUACGGCACGGCCUCAGUUCAAGAACGAAAAUAGGAAAUCGAGGCCCCUUAAAUAUCCCGUGAAAAAAAAAAAAAUGGAUCGGAAACCUCAUUUUCUGUGCGAGGAGUGUUCCCAGCCAACAGAUGUACCUAAGCUAUAUCUUGGAAUCGAUUUUCAUCUUUUGCAUUCCAACCAUGUGCCCUCCGAGUUUGAAGUUCUACAAACUUCAAAGUUGCUCAGGGAAGAAACUUGGGAGCUCGACCGGUACGAAGGCAAAUGUUCGGAAUCGGAGAUGCCAGAAGCCGGGAAACAGAUACUCGAUAUCCGCAUCGCGCACCUUCGCUCUAUUACCUCUGUUCAACGUAGAGUUCCCGUGGAACUAUGGGAGAAGAUAUUCGCCAUCGCAUGCCUAUGGAAGGCUGGGUACUUCCUUGAGAUGACAACCACUCAUCACGGAUCACAUACCAUGAUGUUUCCUAUUCUUCUUACUCAUGUCUGUUCUCGCUGGAGAAAUAUCGCCACUGGCUGCCCCAGGCUUUGGGCCUCCAUCAGUAUUGACCUUGCUGAAAGGUAUUCCAACAAUACAAUGAAGCUCGUCGAGACAUUCUUGGCGAAUUCAGCAGCGUGUCCCUUAGACCUUCGGAUCUUGGCGAGUUUCAACCACACUCCCGAUGAAUAUGAUCGAGGCAUGUGGAAGUUUCUUACCGAUCAUUUUUCAAGAUCCAAGCGACUAUCAUUCAACUUCUACUUCAACGACACAAACCCUCUUACGUCCUUUCGAGACCAGGAUAUCUCCUUCAACGACCUAUCAUCUUUUCGUUCAUUCAUUAGUCCCGAUGAUAAUCCCUUCUGGAAAGCACUGCGUCAGGCUCCCAACCUGACAAGUGUCCAUGUGCGUCACGCGAGAAUGUGCAAACCCAGCUCAUUUCCGUAUCCACAACUGACCACACUAAUAAUCGAGUCCGUGGUUGACACAGACGUUGAGCGUCUCCUUCAAGUACUGGAGGAUUCCAUAAAUCUCCGAUGUCUGACCCUGAAAUACUUCACAAGUACCGGACGUACUCACGGUCUCACCUCUCGGCGUGUAGAAAUGCCCUUCUUACGGACUCUGGCCAUCUGUCAAGAGGAGAACUCGUGUCUGACUCCGAUGGACGAUCCAAGUCUAGAUGUACUAUUCUCAUCGUUGGCAAUGCCUGCUCUAUCAACCUUCAAAUUAUCAUGCAUCUCAGAUUUUCCGGUGGCUCGUCAUCGAUCUCAUCAUUGGCCAUCCUCGCUCCUCACCAUGCUGCGAAGUUCAUCCACAACCCUUAGGGAUAUAUCGCUCUUCCUUGGACCUAUUUCGACCGAUUCCGAUGACUCUCUUUACCAUACCUGGGCGCCUCUAUCGAUACUUCUAGAAACGACACCCCACCUAACCCACUUCAAUUUAGAAGAAGGAUCAGGAUACCUCGACGAAAUGACGGUGUACGCUGCUACCGGCCAUCUUCCUUCCGAAUCAUUACUUUCCGCGCUCACACAUGAACGACACAAUAGAAAAGUCCUUCCGGAGCUUGUCUCCUUGACCAUCAGGGGCAUUAAACUGAACUCCAAAAUCGUCUCCAAGGUCCUUGGUUUAGCUGCUUUAAGGAGCCCCAGUCGUCUCACAAAUGACGGUGUUGUUCGUCCAUUAAAACAACUCCGUAUCAUACCCCAUGUUUCGCCAAACUUCAGUUUGAAACCUCAUAUGUUGGCGACGAUUGAGACCUUGGAACGGGAAGGGGUGAAGGUCGUGAUAGAGAAAGAGCAGUAA